UAAAACUUGUCAUUUUCUCCUUUGUAAGAAAUUUUUUGAAGUUAUGGCAAUGGAGGUAAAGCAAAAGUUCUUCCACGGAACGCUUGAGGUUACCGUCUUUCAUGCAACGGCAUACACGCCCCCUUCACCAUUGGAUUGCCUAUUUGCUGGUGGCAAGCGUAGCUAUGUGACAAUUAAGAUAGACAACAAGGAGGUUGCCCAGACAAGCCAUGAACAUGACCGUGUUUGGAACCAGACAUUCCGAGUUCUAUGUGCAUAUCCAUUGACUUCUACCAUCACCAUUACAUUGAAAACAGCUCGUUCUGUCUUGGGUAAAUUCUAUAUCCAAGCCCAACAGAUUUUGAAAGAAGCAAGUUUUAUCAAUGGCUUCUUUCCACUUCUUAUGGAAAAUGGGAAGCCAAGUCCGGAGCUCAAACUUCGAUUCAUGUUGUGGUUUAAACCAGCAGUAUAUGAAUUAAGCUGGAAAAAGAUGCUGGGAAAUGGAGAAUACAAGGGGCUGAGAAAUGCAACAUUUCCUUUAAGGUCCAACUGUCAUGUGACACUAUAUCAAGAUGCUCACCACCUCCCUACUUUUCAACCUCCAUUUCAUGGUUCAAGUACACCAAGAAGGCUAUGGGAAGAUGUAUACAAGGCCAUAGAUAAUGCAAAGCAUUUAGUUUACAUUGCAGGAUGGUCCUUCAAUCCAAAGAUGGUGCUGGUAAGGGACUCUCAGACUGAUAUACCCUAUGCUUUAGGAGUAAAGCUUGGAGAGUUGUUGAAGCAGAAGGCAGAGGAAGGAGUAGCUGUGAGAAUACUGAUUUGGGAUGAUGAAACAUCUCUUCCCAUCAUCAAGAAUGCCGGGAUAAUGAACACACAUGAUGAAGAUGCUCGAGCAUAUUUCUUGCACUCAAAAGUCAUAUGUAGGUUGUGCCCCAAACUGCAUCCUAUGUCUCCACCAAUUUUCUCUCAUCAUCAGAAAAUCAUAAUCGUAGAUGCUCAAACUCACAUCAAUGCACAAAACAGGGAGAUCAUGAGUUUCAUUGGUGGUUUAGAUCUUUGUGAUGGUCGCUACGACACAGAACAACAUUCAUUGUUCCAUACUUUGAACACAGAAUCCCACUGUCGUGAUUUCUACCAGACGAGUAUAUCAGGUGCCAAACUUCAAAAAGGAGGGCCAAGAGAGCCAUGGCAUGAUGUUCACGCUUGUGUAACAGGUGAAGCUGCUUGGGAUAUAUUAACAAACUUUGAGCAACGAUGGACUAAGCAAUCGGAUGCUUCGUUGUUAGUACCGACGAGCAUCUUAUUAAAAUUGAUGCCCCAACUCGAAUCAAACACAAACCCACAAAAGGAUUGGAAUGUGCAAGUUUUUCGAUCAAUUGACCAUUUGUCUGCCAGUCAAAUGUUCAGAAACAUGACCAUUGAACGAACCAUCCACGAAGCUUAUGUUGAAGCUAUCAGGCGAGCCGAGAGAUUUAUUUACAUCGAAAACCAAUACUUUAUUGGAGGGUGUCACUUUUGGGACAGAGAUCAACACUGUGGAUGCACAAAUUUGAUACCGAUCGAGAUUGCACUCAAGGUGGCUAAUAAGAUCAAGGCAAGGGAGAGGUUUGCAGUUUACAUAGUGAUUCCUAUGUGGCCAGAAGGAUCACCAGAGAGUGAAUCGGUUGAGGAUAUGCUACAUUGGACAAGGCAGACAAUGACAAUGAUGUAUAGACUGAUUGGAGAAGCAAUCCAAGAAACUGGGGAAAAGGCCCAUCCAAGAGAUUACUUAAAUUUCUUUUGCCUUGCAAACAGAGAGGAAGAGAGAAAGUGGGACUUUAUUCCCCCACACAGUCCCCAACAUGCAACACAGUACUGGAAUGCCCAACAACAUCGGAGGUUCAUGAUCUACGUCCAUUCCAAGGUCAUGAUAGUGGACGAUUUGUACAUUCUGAUUGGAUCCGCAAACGUAAACCAGAGGUCCAUGGACGGAGAGCGAGAUACAGAGAUAGCAAUCGGAUGCUACCAAAUAGAAAACGACGAAGAAGAGUUACCCAAUGGAAGAGACAUUUCAAGAUUCCGGUUGUCGCUUUGGUACGAACAUACACGAGGAUUCGAAGAAGUGUUCUUAAACCCAGAAAGUUUGAAAUGCGUUCAAAGGGUUCGUUCGAUAGGAGAUAAAUCGUGGAAAAUUUACAGUGGAGAAGAAGUUGAAGAUAUGAAAGGGGUUCAUCUGGUAACGUACCCUGUGAAGGUGAAAGAAGAUGGAACGAUGGAGGAUUUGGAAGAAAAUGGAGGCCAUUUUCCUGAUACGAAAUGCGCAAUUAAAGGAAGAAGAUCAAUGAUGUUGCCACCCAUUUUCACAACCUAG